AGGCGGAACCUGCUCUGCUGGGCCCGGUGGCUGCAAAGAACUUUUUUUCUCCCGCCCCAACAGUCGCCGCGGCCAACUGCCUCGCCCGCCCGGCCGCCGAGCCCGCCCCCGCUUCUUUUCCUGUCCGGCUCCGCGCGGCCCUGUCUCCUCUGGCCCGGCAGUACCCGCUUGCCGCCGCCGCCGCCACCGCCUCGUCUCCAGCCGAGCCGCCCGCUGCAGUGAUGUGCGACAAGGAGUUCAUGUGGGCCCUGAAGAACGGAGACCUGGAUGAGGUGAAGGACUAUGUGGCCAAGGGAGAAGAUGUCAACCGGACGCUAGAAGGUGGGAGGAAGCCUCUUCAUUAUGCAGCAGACUGUGGGCAGCUUGAGAUCCUGGAGUUCCUGCUGCUGAAAGGAGCGGAUAUUAAUGCUCCAGAUAAGCAUCAUAUUACCCCUCUUCUGUCUGCUGUCUACGAGGGCCACGUUUCCUGUGUGAAGUUGCUUCUGUCAAAGGGCGCUGAUAAGACUGUGAAAGGCCCAGAUGGACUCACUGCUCUCGAAGCCACUGACAACCAGGCCAUCAAAGCGCUGCUCCAGUGAUGGGCGGUGGACUGCUAAUCCUGAAGGACGACUCUCCUGUGGCCUCACGCUGCUGCCUGUCUGUCUGUCACUCUCUAUCUGCCAGCUUCUUCAGCUAAAUACUUUACAAGGGGUGAGGGGAGAGAGAAAUUCAUAACCAAUCAAACUACCAGGAAACAAAAGGUUUUGGAGGAGGGGAAAAAAUAUGAUCAGGCGUUUACCAGGAUUCCUGAUCGAGUCUGCCUCUCUUCCCUCUCUACUAAAAUCCACAGCUUACACCCGAGGGAGAGCAAAGACAAACUAGACCGUUGACAUUUGACCCGUCCAGCUCCCUAGCUCACUGAUGAACUAGAUUGUGUUGGAGGUCUGAUUCUACGCAGGCCAGUGACACAUACUUGCAGCCCUAACUGCACGCAGUCGCGGCUGCUGUGAGGUCAUCUUAGGGUGCUGAGAUUAGCGAUCCGCUCUAGCCUUCUGCCUUAAGAGUGCGCUCUCCUGGGGGCUCCCAGCGCAGUGACGAGUGAGUGCUGCCUGUGGUUGGUGACCAAACCUUUCCUCAGCGACUUUAAGCUCAGUCAAGGCGAGGAGGGCACACCCUGACAUUGCUGGAUGACUAACUUUGGAUUUCCUCUCCCCUUUCACGUGGAUCUCAUGUGUCUUUAGAUAAAACUGACUAGUUUUAUUUAUAAAAUCUGUAAAUUUGGGAAGUCUAAAGGAGAAAUCAUUCCAGUAUGUGUAGUUUUUUCUCCUCUAGGUUCAGACAUUUGUAUAACAUUGAAACACUUUCAGACUCCUGCUGGUAGUAAAAGGGGAUUUAAAAAUAGAACCAUAGCCAUAAGCCUGGUAGUAUCAUACAAAAGGAGAACGGUUGUCCUGGUACCCAUGGUUUUCUUCAUUUGCUGUUUGAAUGGAUUGAACUCGGUUGUUGUGUUUGGAGAACCAAGGAACGUUCUCUGGGAUGCCUCUCUCAGACCCAGCUUGGAUGCUGAUUACCUACUGCACCAAAGCUAUCAGUGAGGUGAGAUUUGUUUGGACAAACUUAACCCCAUCCCCUCAAAAGUAAUGCUUGCUCCCAGGUUUCCGUGAGUGAUGGAUGGCCUUCUCUGAACAUGUGCCAGCCGACCGACACAGUGUGUUGUUGUUACUCCGGAAAGUCAUGUGUUGUGCAAAGUGUGACACCUCUGAUUGUAUUCUGUGACCUUAGAAUAUGGUGCGCCCAAAUGGUGGUCUCGUGACCUGCAGAAAAUAGUUGGACAUUCUCCACAUGUUUAUUUCGCAAGCAGUACAACUAAUUAAAACAUGCUUCUAGAUUCUUUUGACUUGCUAUCCGUAUAUAAGCUUGCUAAAAAUACUAGGGUUUUUCCUUAGCCAAGUCAUACAAUAAUUGAAUGUACCUCCAAUUUUUCAAAAGCGGGGAGGCUGGGUUAGGGCCUUGUAUCCGGAUUGUGGCUGACAGAUCUAGUGGUGGCUUUGUUUUAGGCAGCGUAGCAUUCUGCAGCAGGGUUAAAUGAUUCUCGAGAACAGUCAGCCUGGCUAAUUGCAAAUCUUACCGAUCACUUGCUGAUAGGUUGGUUGGUUGGGGGGGUGUGUGUGUGCGUGUGUGUGUGUAUUUUUCCCCAGGAACCCUUUUUUUAUCGUAUGGCUUUUUCAGUCACAACUAGCCUAACCUUGUAAUCUUCCUAAGUCCAAGGAAACAAUCACAAAAUGGUGAUUUAAAUGCAUUCAUGUAUUAGGCUAAUUCUGCUGUCUAGUGGAGCUGAUUAGAGUUGGAUUAAAGGGCAGUACUCAGUACCUCACUGCGUCAUGAACCACCCCACGGACAGCCGAGGGCACCCUGUCCGUCUAGAGUAUCAACGCAGCCCACACCUCUUGGCAUAAUGCAUUUAAACGGCUCGCAUUCACCCUUUACUCGACUCCCACCUUUCCUUUGAAGCGUUCUGUUGUCGUUGGCUAUUACAGAGAGUGUGUCGUCCUGGCAUGGCUAAGCCUGGUCUGCCUCCUACCGCCCUGGUGGUCCGUGCCCCACAGGCUCUUUGUACGGUUUAUCCGGAUGCUCCUUGUGAUGAGUAGAGGCUGUUUCGCCUUCCUUUUUCUUUCUCAGCCAUAGUUAUGAAGCCUUGCUUGAGAAAAUAACGUAGAAUAGAAUAGACUGACCAAGAUGGUUUACAGUUUUUUUUUUUUUUUUAACUAGGUUAUUUAUAAUGUAUUUCUGAACCACUUGGCAGAGAAAUUCACAAUGCUUACUGUUCACAUUUUGAGUAAAAGAAGCUAAAACCAUGUCUGCUUUUUGGUACUACGUGCAUUAGCAAAAAGUCAAGUAGUUUUGUUCUCCAUUGAGGUAAUACCUAACAUCUCAGAAAAAUCUUGCAUGUUGUAUAGUUUUGUAUUAAAUCAGUCAUUUCGUCUAGUUUGAUUCUAUCAAGUGCAAACAGGUGGGUGACCUGUGCGUGUUCAUGGACUCGCGGAUCCAGCCCUUGCAGCUACAGACUGGUCUCUGUGGGCUGGGAGGGCAGGUGCGGCGCCUGAAUGUUACCAGGUAGUUCCUGAGUGUACGGCACACCUUUCUCAACCCAGCUGGGCACAGAGGGAGGGAGAGGGGUGCAGCACUUGGAAGCUGCCAACAGGUGGGCCCUUCAUUCGUGUUUCCCCAAGUAGUAGGUUUUAAAGCUACAUCUACCUAUUUGAUUUUUGGCAUCUUAAAUACAACGAAAAUUUCACCUGAGCUGCUGUUUGCUUCCGUGCGCUGUUGCGUACUCAGUUGCGUAGAGAAGAAGAUGGUGAGAGCGCCCCCUGCGUAAGCAAUUGCAGUGUUUUGCAUGCAGAGUUUAAAAACUUUAAAUUGUCCUGAUUCUAUUUUGUAAGUGGAGAAACAAUCAUAUCUUUCUAAGCAGUAAUGGAAGGAGACUAGUGCUUUGUGCAUUUUGAUAUAUUUGAGUUCAUUUUUUCAACAAUGUAAUACUUUUGACACAGUUGGGUUUCUCAUAUUAUCCUAGUUCAUGUACAUCCGAAUGCUAAAUAAUACUGUGUUUCAGUUUUGUGUUGCAAGAACAAAUGGAAUAAACUUGAAUUGUGCUACA